AUGACUGAAGAAGCGCCUGAAGACGCCACCGUUGGUAGUGUUGGUGAGCUUAUAGAGUUGGGCAAAUCGAUCGAUGAUGUUUUGCCGUCAAUCGAUCCAGAGGACGUAGAUUAUACAGGGGCCUUUACAUGGCACAUACCUGAUUGGAAUGUUCUAACCGAGGAGAAACACACUUCUCCCCGUUUUAGAAUCGGUGAUUUUGAAUGGAAUGUUCUUCUUUUCCCCCAAGGCAAUCAUAACCGAGGUUUGUCGAUGUAUCUGGAGCCUCAUCCCAAAGAAAUUUCAAAUGAAGAGGACAAAUCAGUGCAACCUGAAGACCCAGAUUGGCAUGUAUGUACGCAAUUCGCAAUCGGUGUUUCAAGGCCUGGCGAAGACGCCAAAUGCCAACUCUUCAAUGUAUCGCACCACAGAUUUUGUGCCACAGACACAGACUGGGGGUUUGCCACGUUUAUGGGGCUAGAAACGCUGAAAAAACGCACGUCCUCACGCAACUCGGGGUUCCUGGUAAACAAUCAGGUCAACAUAUCAGUUUUCGUGCGUACUUUGAAAGAUCCCACCGGAGUGUUGUGGCAUAACUUCCUGAACUACGACUCCAAAAAGCUUACUGGCUACAUAGGCUUCAAAAAUCAAGGUGCCACCUGCUAUUUGAACUCGCUGCUACAGUCAUAUUUCUUCACCAAGCUUUUCCGUAAGGUCGUUUACAAAAUCCCCACCGACAAAGAUUCUCCAAACGACAGCGUGGCGCUGGCUCUGCAGCGAUCUUUUUACCUUAUGCAAAAAGCUCAGGAUCCGCUGGAUACUUUAGAGUUGACUCGAUCGUUUGGCUGGGAUACUGGCGAGGCUUUUACACAGCAUGAUGUCCAAGAGCUGAACCGUAUUUUAAUGGACCGUUUAGAGACAAGAAUGAAGGGCACAGAAGUCGAGGGUGUGCUGAACGAGCUUUUCGUCGGUAAAAUGAAAAGCUAUAUCAGGUGUAUCAAUGUCAAGUACGAGUCUUCGCGAGUGGAAGACUUUUGGGAUAUACAGCUUAAUGUCAAAAACCUCAAAGGUGUCCAAGAAUCGUUCGCAAACUAUGUGGAAGUUGAGAUGAUGGACGGCGAAAAUCAGUAUGCCGCUCAGGACUUCGGUCUUCAAGAUGCUAAAAAGGGAGUUGUUUUCGAAAGUUUUCCUUCUGUGUUACAUUUGCAACUAAAGCGGUUUGAAUACGACUUCACUUACGACCAGUUGGUCAAAAUUAAUGAUAGAUACGAAUUCCCGGAAACAAUCGACUUGGCACCUUAUCUCGAUCCUGAUGUGAGCAAGCAACAUAGCAGUCCCUGCAUUUACAAUCUACACUGUGUGUUGGUGCAUUCCGGAGACAUCUCCGCUGGUCACUACUAUGCAAUGAUUAAGCCCAGUGUUGACGACCAGUGGUUUAGAUUUGACGAUGAUAAAGUUUGGAAAGUGACUAAAAAGCAGGCUUUCGAUGAAAACUUUGGGCACGAUGUGUUGCCUGACGAUAAGUUGAGAACCUUCACUCGAGAACAAUACCAAAAUUAUCUCAUUGCACGCCAAACGGGUGCCUAUAUGUUGGUUUAUGUGAGGAAGGACAUGGAAGACAAGGUUUUAGAAGAAGUUUCCGCCGGUGACGUACCUGAGCAUGUUGUCUCUAGUAUAGAGAAAGAUCUUCAAGAACGUGAGAAAAGGAGAAAAGAGCUUGAAGAAAUGCAUUUGUACACAAAAGUGCACGUUCAUUCAAUGAGUAAUUUUGUGAAUUAUCAGGGUUUUGAUUACUCUCCCAAUGAGAGGUCAAAACUUUAUAGCUCAGAGUUGAAUGCGCCAAAUGAGUAUGCGGUAUCGUUGCGCACUCUGAAAUCCUUGAAACUGAGAGACCUCAAAAGCGAGAUCACGAAAACUUUAAACCUUCCCCGGGCGUGCAGCAUAAACUUCUGGAUGAUGAGCUAUAGGAAGAAUUACACGUUGCGCCUCGAAACUGUCUUAAGUUCGGAGCUCGACAAUCUGACCUUGGAACAAGUAACGCACAAGAUGGGCAUUUCGCGAUCAACAUCGGUGGACAUUUUCGUGGAAGAGCCUUAUUUGGAGUUGAACUAUCUAGCCAAAACUGCGGCUGAUAAAAUGAUUGAAGAAACAAGAUUAACUACUGACGUCAUUGCUCAACUUCGCAGUGCCGCUAUGCAAGGGAAUUUACCCGAUUCAUCAUCCUAUCUGAAGUCCGACGAAGAAGGCAGCCAGAAAACGCUCAUUUUUCUCAAAGCUUUCGAUAGCAGCGUUCAUCGCUUACAAGGAUUUGGUCAUGUUUUAGUAAAUCAAGACGACGAAGUGUCCACAUUGUGCCAGUUACUGAAAAAGUUAUGCGCGGUAAAUUCGAAUGAAGAGUUCUUUGAAGAGUUUCAACCUGACGCAAUUGAACCAGUUGAUGACAAAAUGCAAUUUGUUGCCUCUGAGCUAGUAGACGGAGACAUUCUAGCAUUCACAUUAGCGGGCGACGUGAAAGGUACCGAACUUACAAUCUUAGACCACUACGAGUUCCUCAGAUACAGAAUCAAUAUUACGCUAACAAGGGUGGCGAAAAGUGAUGAAGAAUAUGCUAUUGUGGGUGACACUAAAGAGACGACUCAGUUGAGUAUCUGGAUUUCAGCACAAGCCACAUACGAAGAAUUUGCGAGCUUAAUAGCUAGCAAAACUGGGAUCAAUGCGUCAAAUCUGAGAGUCUUCGCAAUUUAUUCCAAUGGCCGCUUUGCUUUGAAGUCGAACUGCCGUAUAUCGGACUACCUGGUAAAAGAUUAUUCUCGAGAUUCUAUUCCCCCCUUCGAAUUUGAAGUUCUUUCAAUACCGCUCGAAGAAUUUGAACAGCUGAGAUCAAUAAAGUUCUAUUGGCUGAACGAUAGCUAUGUACAUUACCAGAGAUGCGAAUUCCGGGUACAAAACUCUUCUACGAUUGACGAGUUCAUAAUAAAACUUCAAAAGAAGCUUAACUUUGACGAUGACCAGAAAAAAAACGUUCUCCUGUGGACGAACUGUGACUUUAAAUUCCAAGGUAUUCUUUCAGGCGAUAACGUCUUUCAAGAACUGGCAGAGUCGUUUCUCUUUUUUGGUAGAGUGCUCCCGGAAGAACUUGCACUAGUCAACCAAUUAGAGAAUGCGUCAGCGGACAAUUUGGAUUUAAUGGACGAUACAGAGAGCGACAGCUUCGAUGUGGGAGUAGAGCAAACACCUGCUAUAAAUGGCAAAUUGGUGAUCGUCAUCCAGUACUUUAAGGAUUUGGACAACAGACAUGGCAUUUCAUUCCUUUUCAAUUUAGUGCCAGGCGAGAAUUUCUUAGAAACGCGAGACAGACUUCAUUCUAAAUUCGGGUUAGGGCGGAAGGAGUUCUCUAAAAUCAAGCUUGGAAUUACUGUAGGCUCCGAUACUGGCCUAACAUUCAAACCUCUGAGCGGGUUUACCGAUGAUGAGCUCCACGAGAUCGUCUUAUUCGACGUUUUAAACAAUUUAGAUUAUAUUUGCAUGGACCACCCAGACCGCACCAGGACCCAAGCGUAUCACGACAGACCAAUGGUCAUCAAAAACUAG